GUCUCGAUUCGCGUUGAUGGAAAGUUUACAUCAUAAUUUUCAUAUAGUACAUUUCCAGAUAAAAUGAGUUGCUUAUGGAUGGGCAAUGGAUGCAUCUGGAUAUUGUUUUGUGGAGCUGGCAGAUGAAGCCACAGCAGAGAGGUGUCUGAGGAAAGUCAAUGGAAAGCCCUUACCUGGAGCCAGUCCGCCAAGAAGGUUCAAGCUUAAUCGUGCCACUUAUGGAAGACAGGGAGAGAACAGGACUAACUAUUCAGACAGCAGCCAUCAUCAACAGUACUACUACAGUGAUAAUCAGUACUAUCAACAAUACUCCAAUUACUGCUCAAAUUGGGGGUAUGACCUGAGUGCAGGAAACAAUGGCAGUUACUACUAUGACCAUUAUGAUUAUAAUAAUCAGUCCUAUGGAGAUGCUAAAGAUGAAGGACUAGAGGACCCCUUAUUGGAACUGGAUGUGGUGGAGGCCAACAGGCAGUUCAUAUCGGAGAGCGAGGAGCUUUAUGAUGCCCUGAUAGACUGUCACUGGUCUGUUCUGGUGCCACCUACACCACCGCAUGCACAGUAGAGCAACAUGCACCCUGGUCUUUGCAACUGUCAGCAAUUAUCAGUACUGUGUGGAUUGUUUUUAACAGUCCAGUGUGGAGGUCCAUUGGAUGAAGGGCAAAUGUUGGUGCCAAGUGAGGCAAAGUUGGUGUUUCCCAGUACGCCAGGUUAGCAGGUCACCAGGCCAGAUCUAUGGGAACUCAACAGUGACCUAAGGAGCCAAUGGCUCCUCCUUCACUUUGCAAUUUUAUACUUCUGCUUCUUCUGCUUUGAGCUAACACCCUCAUUUGGUUCACAUUGACCACCAGCUGGGUUGAAGUGAAAGCCUUCUAAUUGAGUGUUGUUUUUCUGCUACUUAGAGAACAUGUUGCUCACAUUUUAGGAGAUAUGGACGUUUUAUCUUUGAAAGGACUACCAUUUUAUGAGAUCCACUUUGUUUUUUUGUUGUUUUUUUUUAUCUUACCAACAUUUAAUCUUCACAAUUUGGAAGCAAAUAACAGAGUGAAACACUGAUUAAUAGAUUUUUUUCCUCCUCAUUCUAGGUAAUGUCAUGGAUUAUGACUAAUGAUCUUGUGUGUAAAUGACCAAGGCGAUUUCAAGUAUCAUAUAGGUUGACCACCGUGUGGAAUCGUCACCUUUCCUCUGCAUCUUCGUGUUUGCAACAACAGCAUACCUUUGUACGUGAUUAUUAGAAUUAAAGUUAUAUUUGUGGUAAAAUGGAUUUUAAAGUGAAUUCAUUUGUAAUUUGACAGUUGAUUUUUAUGUUCAACAAUAUUUACAAGGGUAAAACUGUCCAAUUUUAAACUAAUUUUAUGUCAUGUUUUUUUGUGGUGGUUUGUCCGCACAUCACUGAAUGUGUGUUUAUAAAACACACUUCAGUAAUUUUAUGGUGAACACUUCAACAAAGUGGGCAUUGAGGUGCGACAAUGUGUAAUAGGACUCGUGACUUGGCCUUUAUCAUUUAAAUCUCUAUUUUGUACGAGGCAGACUAUCAGUGCC